UCUGAUUUUCUCUAAUUCCGAAGCACAUAUUUAUUAAUUCCCUAGAUUUCCGUCUUUCCGCUAUGAAGAUACAUGACGAAAAAGUUCACAUGAAGAGUUCACGAAAAAUUUCACAUUUUCACGUUUGAGAGAGUUACUUGAUCCCGCGAAAUCGCAAAUUCACAUGAUCGUAAAUUCACAUGAAACAUUUCACUUUUCACGUUUCCGCCCUAGAGGGAAAGUUACAUGAUCGACCCCCAGUUCAGCCAAAAAGAACAGGCCUAUUAUUCAUUAUAAACAACAAUGGCGUGGUCGAAUUAUCGACGUGCCUUAGCUAUACUUCAAAUAAUUACGGGAUCAUUUAAUACUUUAUCAGUUAAAUAUGCAGAUCAACAAGUAGUACUUAGUGAAGAUGGACAACUUAGGCAUUUUAAUCAUCCUUUUAUGCAAUCGUCAUUUAUGUUUUUUGGAGAAGCUCUUUGUUUUAUAGCAUUUAAAAUUUUCUACUAUUAUUAUAAUCGACGAGACGAUGGCUCUGUAGAUAAUAAUGUACUGACUAAAGGUUCAAGACUUUUCAAUCCUUUUAUUUUGCUAAUACCUGCGUUAUGUGAUAUGUUUGCAACAUCUAUAAUGUAUAUUGGCCUAAAUAUGACUUAUGCAAGUAGCUUCCAAAUGUUACGUGGGUCAGUAAUUAUUUUUACAGGAAUGCUUUCUGUUGGAUUUCUUAAAAGAAAAUUGAAAGUAAGGGAAUGGAUCGGUAUUGGUUUUGUUAUAACAGGAUUAGCAUUUGUUGGUGUUAGCGAUAUAUUAACAAUAGAAGACAAUAAUAUCAGUGUAAAUUCUGUAAUCACUGGUGACUUGCUUAUUAUAUUUGCUCAGGUAAUAACAGCUGUUCAAAUGGUUGUUGAAGAGAAAUAUGUUGGACAACAAGAUAUUCCUGCCCUACAAGCAAUUGGAUGGGAAGGCAUUUUUGGAUUUGUAAGUAUUUCUAUCGCUAUAAUUCCUCUCAAUUAUAUUACUGUACCACCGCCUUUUGCGGAUAAUUCACGUGGUACACUCGAAGCCACUAAAGAAGCCUUCAUCCAAAUAGGAAACAAUAAUAAAUUACUGAUAGCUGUUAUCGGUAUAUCAUUUAGUAUUGCUUUCUUUAAUUUUGCUGGUAUUAGCAUUACUAAAGAAAUGAGCUCUACAACAAGAAUGAUUUUAGAUAGCAUUCGUACAAUUAUAAUAUGGAUCUUUUGUUUAGCGUUUCAAUGGCAAGUCUUUCAUUAUAUGCAGCUCAUUGGUUUCAUGAUUCUUCUAAUUGGCAUGGCGUGUUAUAAUAAUAUUGGCAUUCCCCAAUUAAUUCGAAAAUAUCAGCAGCAUUUGAUGCGCUAUACAUUAGCUGAAGAAGAAGAUCGUAUUAUUAAUACUGCUGCGGAUGAUGUGCAAGAAACAAUAUAAAUGGCUGUAUUCAAAACCAUUUAGGCUAUAUUCUAAGCUGCAAUUAAUACUUAUGUUAUUUUUAAUUGAGAUUAUUACUUCAACAAAGAAGAUAGAGAAUAUAAUUUUUCUUCUAACAAAUAA